AUUACUCGGUCAAUCACGUGCCAGAUCAUCCUAAUGUCCACAUAAAACAGAAGUCCACAGCCAGAAUCUGGUGCAUACCCGGAUAAACCGUCGAUGCUGUCGUGUGUUAACAGCAGAGUUUAAAACCGUGUAUCUGAUUAUCACAUCAACAUGGAUGAUCUGACCAAGGAUCAAAUUGCACUGUUGAAAAAGGCCUUCGAUGCCUUCGACCACGACAAGAAGGGUAGCAUUGGUACCGACAUGGUGGGUACCAUAUUGACCAUGUUGGGCUACGAGCUGAGCGAGAAGACGCUAAAGGAAAUCAUUACGGAAGUAGACGAAGAUGGAUCUGGACAAUUGGAAUUCGAAGAGUUCUGCACGCUUGCUGCCAGAUUCUUAGUGGAAGAAGAUUCGGAGGCGAUGCAACAGGAAUUACGCGAGGCAUUUCGGUUAUAUGACAAAGAAGGCAAUGGCUACAUAACAACUGCAGUGUUUCGUGACAUUCUUCACGAGCUGGACGACAAAUUGACACCACAGGAGUUGGACAUGAUGAUCGAGGAGAUCGACGCCGAUGGUUCAGGAACGCUCGACUUCGAUGAGUUUAUGGAAGUUAUGACCGGUGGUGACGACUAGAUUAUAUGGCGGAUAAUUAGGAUGGACAGCGUCUAUGAUUAAACGCAACAACGAUUGGCACAAAUGCUGUUUCCUAUCUGGAUACCAAGGGCAAAGGGAAGGACUGGUCGACGUGUACAACGUGGUUUAAGAUUGGAAACAUUUCUGGUUACACUUUUCCAUCAACCGCACUUCCAAUGUCGAUGUACGGCGAAUAGCAUUGAUAAAACCUCGUCGUAAGAAGAAGAGAAUGAAAGAGAAUGAAGUUAAUAAAAAUUCCAAAAUAAAAAGAGACUUCUUAAUUACAAGUGAAAUACAGAAUAUGCAGUUGUUAAACGUAAUAUUUUUUCGUAACCCUUAAAUGAUAUGGCUAGCAACGAAAGCUAGUAAGUCCACCGUAGUAGCGGUUUUAUUGGUCAUAUCGAUUCGACGCCUGAAUAAUUGCAACCGGGUUUGUACUCGGGGUAUGUCGUUGGGAAGUUUUAACGGAGCUGCAGUGCGAGAAAGAGCACCAAGGAACCUGUAAUUA